AAGAGCUAGAAAGUUGCUCAUGGUUUAACGCUACGUAACGGAGCGGUAACGUAUGGGAUCUCGGUCUCAAAUAAGACAAGAAAUGGACAGCAUGUGCUUUGGAGGUGCAUUAAACAGUCCCCUCAAGCUGUGGAUAGCUUCUUGUUUCUCGCCAUUUUUUGGGCUCCUGUGGCUCUGAAACUAGGGUUUUUUGGCGCCUUUGAUUGAGACGAAUCAUUUGAAAGGAAGGGAUUGUAGAGAUCAGUUUGAGAUCUUUCGUUUGAGCUCUUUUUUGAAGGAUCUGGUGCGAGCUUUUAAGGUUAUUUCACAGCAGGGUUUGGAAGGAUUACCCAUUCGCUUGUGUUUGAGGGUCGUUAACUGAGGAGUCUACUUAGCAACUCCAAAUAUUGUCAGAGUAGUUAGUUUCGGUGAACUAAAGUGGUUGGCGAUUAGUAAGUCGAUAUCACUUAGUCAUCCGGAAAAUGCUGAUUCAUCGAUGUACAAGAUGCUAAAUGAAAGCAAUGUUAGGCAUAUAAUGGCUGGAGAAAUCGAAGAUCCUAUGAGCUUUCAGGUGGAGUAUUUGCCUACAGGUUCCAUAUCAUUUGGAAGGUUCGAAACAGAAUCCUUAUCUUGGGAGAGGAGGUCAUCCUUCUCCCAUAACCGUUACCUUGAAGAGGUGGAAAAAUGCUCCAAACCGGGUUCAGUUACUGAAAAGAAGGCUUAUUUUGAAGCCCAUUUUAGGAGGAAGGCUCUUCUGAGGCAGGCUUCAUCUGACUGCCAAAAUGGAGUUGGGCUUAGAGCUCCAGAAACUGAUGGUCACAAUAACAUGAACUGCAUAAAUGAUUAUGAGGAUCAUCAUCUCGACGAAAAUCAUCAUUCUACUGAUUUUGAUGUUACCCCAAUUGGCUCAGAGAACUACAUAAAUGAAUAUGAAGAGCAUUGUCAUGAUGAACAUUACUAUUUUGACAUGCAGAAUGGAUGGGAUGAGGGUAAUAGGAGUGAUCCAGAGGCACGUGAAAUUGAGGUCACAGAAUGUAAAAAACAGGAAGAGGAGGCUGGGGAAACUUCAUAUGAGGUAGCGUCUCAAUUCGACAAUACCAAUUUUAUUGAGCUUGAAAUUCAUCAAACAGAACCAAAGGAAACUCAAGGACUUGAGUUUGGAAUGGACACAAGACAGCUAAUUAAAGAAGAUAACAGGACAGAGGCAGAACAAAAAUCGUCUUGUGAGUCAAACUUUACAGGUGAGGUUGUCGAACUAGUGGACAUGCUAAAGGAAAGGUUGGAUAGUGUUAAGGUUUCCUCUCAAAGCUCCGAAAAGAAACCGGCUCUCAAGGCUAAGAAUACAAAUGACCAAAAAGUUUCUAAGCCCAAGAUUCAAUCUCCAAGUCCAAUGCCUGCUACUCAAAGACAACAAAGUAAUCCACCAAAAUCUUCUCCAAGGACUACUCCAAGGGCCUCAAGGAGCUUCGCAGGAGAGACGCCCGUUAGAAAGAAAACUGAAGGAUCCUCUAUUAUUUCCUCGGCGAAAGCAAAGCAAUAUCCUAAUGUACUUGAGAGUGCAAAGAAAAAUUCCACUCCCGAGAUUCACAAAGUGAGGCAGCAUCAAGCAAAGAUAUCCCCUAGAUUGUCUUCUCUUUCUAAAAAUUCAAAGCCAGAGGAACAUGAAGCUGGGAAGUCUAAGACAAGUAGAGAUAAUAGAAGAGACAAAGAUGCAAAGGAGAAGAAAGUCACUCGUAGCCGUCAAUCUCCACAUGGGAAUGGAGAAAUUGAAGGCCACUCAUCUGCCAGAAGGCCUAGGAGGACUGCGGUUAAGCCAGAGCUGCCAGACUGCAAUGCAAGCAGCACAAGCUUCAGCUUCAAAAGUCACGAAAGGGCAGAAAAGAGGAAAGAGUUCUAUAUGAAGUUGGAGGAGAAGUUGCACGCUAAGGAGGCGGAAAUGAACCAAAUUCAGGCGAGGACACAGGUAGAAACAGAGGCAGAAAUAAAACAGCUGAGGCGUCGUCUUAACUUCAAAGCGACCCCAAUGCCUUCGUUCUAUAAUGAAACUACUGUCCGAAGUCCUGAUAUUAAAAAGGUCCCUGCAAGCCAGGCCAAAUCUCCAAUGCCUGGAAGAAAACCCAUGAACUCCACGGCUUCGCAAGAAACUCCACAUGUAUCAGCCUCACCUAAGACUCGAAGAUCAGCCAAGGCUAAUGCUUCGCAACAACAUAGUCAUGGCAGCAAGGCAGCUACACUGAAAGCAGAUAGGGUGCUCUCUAAAUCCGGAGCAGGCAAAGGCGAAGCCAUGAAACGUAGUAUUAUCGCUGGACGAUCAGGAUAUGGUCAUGCUGUCAGUGUGGCCUCGUGAUUGCAUGGCUUGGUUACACAUCUAUGGGUAUGUCGUGCUAUGGGAGUAUGGGCUGCCCAUGUACAUUUACAUGUGGAUUCAUGAGAGAGAGAGAGAGAGAGAGGGGUCAGUGCAGUUGGGGAGCAGUAGAAUUUCCCCAGAGAGAGAGAGAGAGGUCAGCACAGUUGGGGAGCAGUAGAAAAUCCCCAUGUAUUCAAAUUCAUAUGUUCUGGACAAUUUACUUCUUUUUUUGAAUUCCAUUUUUUUAGAGUAAGGAACGCAUGCUAGGGAGCCCAUUGUAUUUGGUCAGUCUGUGUCAGCUAUAGUGCAAAUUUUAUUUUAUUUUGAAAUGUGAUGGCCUAUCUUUUGAAGUUGGAAUUGCAAAUGGUGGCCAUUUGGAUCUCAUCCUAAAUUAGGUUUUCCCUUAAAAGUUCAGCAGAUAUGUGAAUAAUGGACAUAUUUUGGGUUUGAAUGAAACUUUUGUUGGCAACAAAAUUCUUGAUUA